AUGUUCAAGCCCGAGAAUACAGUGGGAAAGACAAUAACGUCGACGUCGAACAUCAUCAUCGAUCCCGAGUGCAGGGACGAUGAGGUCAAUCGGGCAAAACUAAGGGAAUGGUGGGAGUCCGGGGGCGCCGAAGAGGAAUUCGAAGAAGUCCUGUGGGAAGAUCUCGUCUUGGUCGAAGACGGUGUUGUCGAGCACAAACCAAUUCGGCAAACGAUUGGGGUUGCCCGAGGAGACUGCCUCAGCCCCCUCCUCUUCUCGACAUUGGUGGGCGACUUGCCUAAGCGCAUACGAGACCGCCACCCCCAAGUACAAGUGCUCAUGUACGCCGACGAUCUCGCCCUGUUCUCGUCGAGUCGGUUCCAUCUCCAACAAGCCCUGAGGAGCCUGGAACGAUAUGUCGUUGAGAAUGAUAUCGAGAUCAACGCCUCGAAGUCGGAAGCUCUCAAAUCCCGCCGCGGUGGUAGACCCUCGAGCUCAGAUCAGUUCAGAAUCGACUCAGACACUCUUGAGCUUGUUGAUCACUUUCCGUACCUCGGAAUUUUCUUCUCGGCGUUUGGCUGCUCGUUCUCACGGCAUCUCCGCGAGCGAGUUCACCUGGGUCAUUUCGCUUUUCACUGCAUCGAGAACCCUCACAAGCUCUCCCUGAGGACGGCCGAGGCUCUAUUCACUCUGAAAAUCGAGCCGACGGCAUGUUACGGGACCCACCGCAUGCAGCUGGAUCGCCUCAAGGUGGCUUUCCUCAAAACAGUGUUCAAGUGCACCGAUCACGCAGAAACAGACUCGUCUAUCUCGUGGCGAAUGUCCCAUUACUUUCGGAGCAAGUCCAGCGAAGAUUCAAUCUAA